AUGGCGGCCACCGUGACAGUUAAGUCAACAAAAGAGCGGUUAUUGAGUGUUUUGGACGACUUGGAGGUUUUAUCACGGGAGCUGAUAGAGAUGUUGGCUCUGUCUAGGAGUCAGAAGCUCCCACAGGCCGGUGAAGACACCCAGAUCCUGGAGCUGCUGGUGCAGCGCGACCGUGAGUUCCAGGACCUGAUGGAAGUCGCCCAGCAGCAGGGCAAGGUGCACCAGGAGAUGCAGCAACUGGAGAAGGAGGUGGAGAAACGAGACAGCGACAUACAGCAGCUACAGAAGCAGUUGAAGGAGGCUGAGCACAUACUGGCGACAGCAGUUUAUCAGGCCAAGGAGAAACUCAAGUCCAUUGAACGAGCCAGGAAAGGAUGUAUAUCGUCCGAGGAGCUCAUCAAGUACGCACACAGGAUCAGCGCCAGUAACGCCGUAUGUGCACCGCUCAACUGGGUCCCAGGUGACCCACGACGGCCGUACCCGACCGACCUCGAGAUGCGUAGCGGCGUGCUGGGUCACAUGGCCAACCUGCCAACCAAUGGCGUCAACGGGCACCUGCCUGGUGAUGCCCUCGCCGCCGGGAGGUUGCCAGAUGUGUUGACGCCACAUUACCCCUGGCAGUCGUCAGAGCUGUCUGUCGGCAUGCUGCCCCCGCACCACUCCAACGACUUUGGCUUGGAGCCCCCCGGACACAACAAGGAGAACGAGGACGACGUUGAGGCCAUGUCUACUGACUCUUCCAGCAGCAGUAGCGACUCGGACUGA